AUGCCUUAUAUCAACGGUGUCAAGUUUGCCUGCAACAGCUGUAUCAAGGGCCAUCGUUCCUCUCACUGCGCGCAUGUUGAUCGCCCUUUAAUUGAAAUCCGCAAGAAAGGUCGGCCUGUUACUCAAUGUUCGUAUUGCCGUCAUCUUCGAAAAACCAAACACGUUCACAUAAAAUGUCUUUGUGGCAAGAAACAACGUUCCAUCUCACCAGAAAUGGGUGUAGGUGACCAUCAUCAUCAGCAGCAACAACAACACUUGCAUCCACAACAACAGCCACCCUUGGUCGAACCCAAGAUUGAACCUGUUACUUCUUCCACAAUCAUGUUGCCUAUGACCACUACCACCACCACCACCGAAAGUGUCAUGAUCAACAAUGAUAAUAACAUGCUUCCUGUUUCGUUUGAAUUUGAUGGCUUUGAUCCGACAUUGACACCUUGGGCUCCUCUCGAUAUCGUACCACCGCAGCAGCAGCAACAAGACACCUGGAUGGGCUGGUCCUCUGUGUCACCUUCAUCGUCACCUUCUAUAGCAGCACCACCUCCUGGUAGUACUACUUCUUCUUGUGCUCCCUUGCCAAUGGCAGCGUGGUCAUCAUCAUCAUUAUCAUCCACGUCUUUGGGUUGUAGUGGUUCAUGUUGUGUAUGUCCUCCACAACCACUUCCACAGCAACCUGAAUCCGUUGUUAUUACCAUCACGCCUCUCAACAAUAACAACAACGGUGGUACUCCUACCAAUCGACCUACGAUCACGCGUGUGGUGACGUGCCAUUGUGGACAAGCAUGUGUGUGCUCAAGCUGCUUAGUGCAUAGUAAUAAUAAUCAACAACAACAACAGCAGUCGCAUAACACGUACCCGCAACAACAACAACAACCCCAAAUGCUCGGUGUGCUUUGCUAA